UCCAUAAGCCUUGGAGCGGGUUUGCACCGGGUCUGUUGGCAUAGGGAAAGUGUGAAAGACAUCGCAAACACAACCACUUCAAGAGUGGAGGUUAUCAAGCAAGCAAAAGGCCCUCAAGAUACAAAAGUUACGGUGCCCCUCGACAAAAGGGCUAUGUAG